AAAUAAUAAGGGGCAAUUCUCGAAAUAAUAAAAAAAUACAAAAAAAUCCCAUUGAGUCAUAUUAAGUAUUAUUUUGAGAAUUUUUGACAAAUUAGGAACAAAUUCUAUAAAGUGGUAGUAAACUCUAAGAAUAAACUUAUGAAUUACAUCAAAAUAAAUAGUGCUUCAUUGAAAAUGAAAUAAUUUUUUUGGAUAAUAUUUAAGACUUAUCCGAGAAAUAUAUCUUGUAUAUAAUUCUUUGUCUUAAAUUAAAUUUUCAAAAAUUCUUUUUUUAAAUUUUUUAAAUCAAAAAACAGCAGCAAUAUAUAUCUCAUUUAGUUACUUUCCGCUGACUACAAAAUCUAAAGCAAGUGUGCCCGUUAAAAACUUUUAUUUUUUUCUUGAACAUGCAACAUAAAAUAGUUAAUGAAAGACAUUACAUACUGCAAAAAACUUGUAAAACUUGCAAUACAACUAACCAAAGAGUCACUGUUAAUUGAAUAUACUAAUUACUGAAUGAAUAAUUGUGCACUGACAAUCACUAAAUGAAUACAAGAGAACAGAAACAACCUUUUUUACUACUCCACUCUGAGAGAUGGAGGAUUUUUGGAACUAAACAAAUACUUAUGGAUGUGAAAUGACCUCCAGCGUAAAUCCGAACCUCUAUCCGAACCAAAGACAUUUUACCACAGAAGAAAUCAUGAGUGCUGGCAAAUUGCAAAUUGUUAAGUUCCUUCAUUAUCUGGAUCUAUAGCACAAAGAAAUAAAGAAGAAGAGGAAAGAAAUAUCUUUGUCGGCAGUUAAGAUAAAAACAUUUAUUAUCAAACUUUCAUAUGAAGAAUGAAGAGAUAAGUAUUCUCGUGAACUUAAUUAGAAGUAAAUUCUAAAAAUAAAUGUUCUAACCUUCAAAUCUUUGUAUGUCCCAGAUGGUUACACCGAGUAAAACAGAUGCGUUCCUGCAAUGCUGCCAAGUCAAUGCAAUUUUUAUGAUUGAUCCGCGUAUUUAUGAAUGAUCUGUUGGUAAUCUCCUUAUGGUCUAAUGUCUUUGAUUUGACCCUAGUUUGAACCUAAUUUCAAAUAUUAAGGAUUAGAAAUCAUUUAUUCUCUAACGAUUACGCAACUAAUUUGAGAGUGUUUUCAUCUCCACCGCUCACCUUUAUACGUAUGGAGCUAGCAUUGCACGAGGAUGAAGGACAUAAUUGGUGGUCGAUCAUCUUUUCCUUACUAGUCAUCGCUUUGGUUAUUUCCGGCAUAGUAGCUGCUAUAUUUCUAGUGGGUUAUGUUGACGAACUUCUCUACUGGCACGGCGAGAGAAUGAAGCUCGAGCAAUUCCUUCAGGGUGAACUUACUCCUAGACGACUCCCUUCUACUUGGAUAUCCCCCACCCAUUUUGUUUACCAAGCCGACGAUGGUAGUUUAGUUGUAUUGGACACGAACAAAAGUUUUACCGUUUCGAUUUUAGUCACGAAUCACACGUUGAGACAACUGAACGUCAAAGGUUACCAGUGUUCAAAAAAUUUGAAAUACGUUCUGUUUCAACAUAACGUGCAAUUGGUUUUUCGACAAUCCUACACGGCCCACUACACGAUUUACGAUGUGGAUAAAGACCAUCACAUUCCAGUUCGGCUAGAAGCAUCUCCGAAAGCGCAGCCUUUACAACUUCAGUACGUGAGUUGGCUGGGUGACACAACUUCUCUUCUUAUCGUACAUAGUAACGAUAUUUAUUACCGAAAUUCUCCAGAAGAUGAAACGGACACCCGGCUUACUUUUACUGGACAACCAGAUACGAUUUACAAUGGAAUUCCGGACUGGUUAUAUCAAGAGGACGUUUUGCAGAGUCAAGAGGCGUUGUGGGCUUCGUACGAUGGAACGCAUUUAAUGUAUGCCACCUUUAACGAUUCAGAUGUCGCUAUUUUGAAUUUCCCGUGGUUCCAGACGGGGUCUGUGUUAAGAACUGGAAAGGAUACGAAAAGGACGCAAUCAUUUCCCGGAACAAAAACAGUUAGAUAUCCUACCCCUGGAACCGCUAUCCCUCAAGUGCAACUUUGGAUCGUGGAUCUCACCAAUCUCACGAACUUAGAAUACCAACAGGUACUACCGCCGAAAGCCUUAGUAGGACAGGAUUACUAUUUGACGUCAGCUAGUUGGAUAGGGCAAAAAAACACGCAAAUUUCCGUUGUGUGGAUUAACCGUGCCCAAAACCUUAGUAUUGUAUCUGCGUGUCUCGCUCCCAACUGGACGUGCAUCGAGACUCACGCAGAACGAGCAUUGGAGAAGUCGUGGUUGGAUAUCCAAGAACAUCCAAUAUUCUCCCCGGAUGGCGACAGUUUUCUCAUGCUGGCACAUGUUCAAGAAGGCAGUAGAGAAACCUACACGCACAUCAAGCACAUCACGGUGACCCAGCAGCAUAUCACUGUUCUAAGUCAUGGUCCUCACGAGGUGGUCAAAAUCCUCUCUUGGGACAACAAUAGUCAUCUUAUCUAUUAUCUGGCGACUGAGCAGCACAAAACGGGUCAGAUGCAUUUGUUCGUGUCGCGGGACCCGACUACCGACGAUCCUCGUCGGUUGGAGUCGCACUGCAUCACUUGUGACCUGGGUGACGUGCUCUGGGGAAGCCGAUAUCUCUACGGAAACUGCACUCACUUCGAUGCCUUGGUGAGUCCUCCGUCUAACGGAAUAUCUUCGUCGGUGUACGUUCUUCAAUGCAAAGGUCCUGGUCUGCCACUAGCCGGCAUGCACAAUGCGACGAGCCACAAACUUCUGAAGAUAUUGUACGACACAAGAGCUACGUACGGACCGGUGCUUCAGGAAUUGGCAAUGCCCAAGAAAAAAGCUUUUGAGGUGCCUUUGCCACAAGGCAGCCAAGCCCAGGUGCAGCUCUUCUUGCCUCCGUCCUGGCGGGAAGAACUCAGAGACGCCGCUUAUCCUGUGGUCGUCGAGGUUAACGGUAGACCCGGAAGUAAAGCUGUGACGGAGGAAUUUCGUGUAGACUGGGCUACGUACAUGUCUAGCCAUUGCGACGUUGUGUACGUAAAACUAGACGUGCGAGGAUCGAAAGGGCAGACGAACCGAGCCCUCUAUCACCAACUGGGAGGAGUAGAGGUGCAAGAUCAACUGUCCGUGCUCGAAUACCUGUUAAAUAAAGAUCACAAAUACCACAAAUACCUCGACAAGACGCGUAUAGGAAUAUGGGGCUGGGGCUACGGUGGUUACGUCACUUCCAUGGUACUUGGGUUGGGCAAUCAGCAAAAAGUAUUCAAGUGCGGUAUCGCGGUCAACCCAAUCACAGAUUGGUUGUACUAUAAUUCGGCUUUCACGGAACGGAUUCUGGGUCUUCCGGCAGAAAACUUCAAGGGUUACGUGGAGGCAGACGCCACCCAGAGGGCGAAAAAUAUACCCAGAAAAUCGUUCUUCCUCAUGCACGGCCUAGCCGAUCUGACGGCUCCCUAUCAACACGGCGUGCUUUUAGCGAGAUCCUUGGCGGAAGCUGGAAUCCUGUUCCGAUAUCAGAGCUACGCCGAUCAAGGUCACGAGCUGGAAGGUGUUCAGGAGCACGUGUAUCGUUCGAUGCAAAACUUUUUCGAAGAGUGCCUUAAGUUAGACACGGAAGAAAGGGAGCCAGUGGAGACAGAGGACACUUGAAAGUUAAUCUGUCACCUCGUACCCUACCACAGUCACAUGACGGCCUUUAAAAAACUAUUUCCCUGGGGCGUCCUGUGCCCCUGAAACACUGACCGCGAAGGCGGAGCGUGAGCCAGUGAUAUAGGGCGGUUGGUUCUUCCUAGUUGCCUAACACAAUCAACUUGUUAAAAAAUAUCAUAUAUAGCGCAAUAUAGUGAUUUGAUUGAUGGCGAUUAUUUUGGUAUGAUCGGAAUUAUUCGUGGUGAGCGAGUGGGACAAUGGAGGGCUAUUAUGUUACAUAAUUGAUGAAGAUUUUUGCGAUAGGAAGUGAACUUGCUGGACACUGGAAACGAAUGAACAAAAAUUGGCAAAUUUUUGGAUAUUCAGAUCAACAAAAUCUCAAAACGUUUUGGUCAGGUAUUUCAGUAUAUUAAAGUGAAUAAUUUUUAACAUGGUAAGCCAGACACCGAAUUUUUUUUCAACCUCCAAGCAGAUGAUCUACCUGCCUACCUACAUCCCUAAAGUAUAUAUAAUCAAAGUGAAAAACGUUUAGGUAGGUGUUAAUUUGAUACUUCAAACUUUCACUAAUUUUGAUUAUUUUUGAACUUAAAUCUAAUCGGGAGAGCUGUCUUUAAUUAAUACAACAUAUUCUUUGUAAAAGCAAGCUAUUUGUAAAACACAGGGUUCCGUUCUUUUGGUAAAAUUUGCAUUUGCAAAUGAGGUGAAUUGGGUUUUUUUUAAAAGACGCGAGUUUGGAGUUAUACCUAUACAUAUUUUUUAUUUUUGAGUUAUUCAUGUUAAUUAUUUCAAUCAGUUUAAAAUCAAAUAAAAAUUUACUGAAUUUUUUUCCACCAUUAAUUUACUUAACAUUGAUUGACGACUACCCUCCUGAUGAGGUUCAGGUCCAAAAAGUGUUAAAAUUACUUAAAAAGUUACAAAAUUUGCCAAAUUUUUGGGAAGAAAAGGGUUUUACUUAAAUUACACAUACAUUUUUAGCAAUGCAAAUUUAAGAAGGAUAAAAUUCUGGAUUACCAUAUAAUAAUAAAAUAUUUAUACAACUUAUUUAGAAGCAGAUACAUCUCUGAAAGCAACACACAAUUUUUGGUUAUCCUUUUCGAGAGUCUAGUUAUUUAGUUGCAACUAACGAGAUCGGGAUUAGGAUUAUUGUUUAUCGACUGCUAACUCUAAAAUAAAACUAAUCAUGAUUAGACCGUAAAGUAUUACCACAAUACAAUUCUCUUAAGCAUUUGCAUGUGUAUUUUCGUCAUCAUUAAAACAAGCUAUUUUCUUGAAAAUAUUAAACUUUCACAUAUAAAGGUAUGGUACGCAUGGUAUAUUUAUGCUAACAGGAAAAAAAAGGUAAAGUAAGUGACUUAUAGGAAAUUUGAUUAUCUUAUAUUUUGUACUGUAACCGUAUUAUUAAAAAUUCAUUAAUAAAUUCAAUUGCACAUAUGGCACAAAGUGGUUUUGUGGAGAAUUACUCAAAAUUGAACAAUGUGAAAAAACAGGUUACCUCGAACAUCACAAUUUUCCAGUUAAAGAUUGACAAUUUCUUACUACUAAUAUUAUAGCAGAUCAGAUUGCUGCUAUUUACAUGUGUCUUCCAGCUUUGCCUUAGCCUAAUUUUGUUGGCCACAAACUUGCGAAGAGUUAACAAUUGAAAUGAAAUAUUACUCACCUAGCAUAUAUACAUCGUCAAUAUAAACUGAACACUCGGAACUCAAAACUUAAACAAUGUCGGCCUGUUUUGAAAAAUAUAAAAAAUAUUUGGACAAAUAUUUCCAUAAAUAAAAGCUCGUUUCCUCCAUUACCGCACAGAUACUUUGUAAACUAUAUAGUUUUUUAUUAUCCAGGGUAGUAAACCAUAUACUGCAUUCUUUUGCAACUAUCAAUCAGAUAUCUUGAUAUCUAUUAGUAGUAAAAAAAGUAGGUAAUAAUUUGACAGAUUUUAAACUCUCCCUAAUUUUCAAUCAUCGUCCAAUUAGCUGUGAGGGAAACAAUUUUUACAGAACCUGUUAUUAUUUUUAGAAUUCAUAUGUCAUAUUAGUUACAACGCAGUCCUCUUGAUGACAUAUACAAAAUGUCAAAUAUCGCCGGAAUAGAUAAUUGAAUCAGUAUAGAUAAAAGACAAAAAUCUAUCUCCCACCCUUUUUUUUGUUUUUACAAAUUAUAUAAAGCUCUGAAAGCCGUUCACAAUAUUCGUUUACGUGUAUAUCGAAUUUCCAGGAAUAUAGAUCCCGAUCUCGUCUCGCAAGCAUAUUUUAUUUUUUCAUCUUGAAAGAGACGGUAGAUUGACUGAUCUGGUGAGGCAUUUAAUCUCUGCGGUUUUAAUUAUGUAUAAAAUGUCGAAAAUAUCGCGUAAAUAAUUAACCAGAGCUAAUUUUAAUGCUUUCACAUUCCUAAAAGGAAUAGCGCUUCAAUAAUUUAAUUAUAAGGUACAAACAAUAUUAAACAGGGUAAAAUUUACUGUUGCUUGUAAAUACGUAUGUACUUGGUCAGCAGAUGGUUCACACACACACAAAAAUGCUGGGCAACUUCAGAAAACGCUUAAAAGUAAAUAGUAUAGAUUUUUUGUUACGAAAGUAGGUAUUUACCGAAAAUUUGUUAGAUAGAUACCUGCUGAAUAAUGAUUAUUGUAUGUGAAUGCUCUGCUUUUUCGCCUUUUAUAAUAUAUCUUACAACUCUUCUUGUUUUUAUGAUAAAAACUGUGAAAGCAUUAAAUGUCUAUAAUACUAUUAUGAUAACAUUCUUCGUAUAAAGUUUAGAAAUGCAAUAUUAUGUGAAACAAUGAAACUGAAGUGCAAAAAAAUACAUCUUGUAUUUCUAAACCUUCCCUUCGAUAAAGGAAUUUAAUAAAGUCUAUUUCGUUCUUCUUUAAAAACGUUUUGUUAUUUACUUAAUAACGGAGAAAUGUCAAUUAUAGAUAUAAUAAUUAAGCAAAUUAUUAUAUCAUGUAAAGAAAUCAAUAAAUUAAAACAAAAAAGAGGAAAUAAAAAUAAACAAAAUGGUUGUGACAAGUGAUUAAAUAAUAAAACUGUAACCAUUAAAUUGAAUUAUUAUUACAGAUCGAGUACAUGUUUUCAUCUAUACUGUACGUGGCAAAAAAGACAAUCUUCAAACUGAAUGUUAAAUUUCUUAGCUGUCAACUAAUGAAUAUUAUGUAAAGUAGCUAAGCUUUUUUACUACAAAUCAUUCAGAUGUUAAACUACGUAUUAAGACAAUUUAAAUUCAGUUAAGUAAUAUACAGGGUGAUUCAUUAAGCCAAUGCUGACGAGCAAUUUAUCCUGUUAUAGUCGAUGAUUCUGUGGGGUUCAUUGUUCGAUAAUGAGGUUCUUUUACGACAGCAAUUUGCGAAAAGCUUUUGCAAUUACACAACAAACAACAUUUCAAAUCAAUUCAAAGAAUUAUUUAAAUGAAACCAAAGAUGAUGUUUUUUCAACCGAAAGAGGUAAUCAUUUUUACGAGCUUAAUAAUAUAAUAGGUACAUUUUAGUGGGUUGUAAUCUCGUAGUACAUGAUUACCUAUUACCUACUCUUUAACACGUUCUCGAAACAGUAUUAUAUUUGGCUAAAUGGACCUCACUGUAUUUUAAACGCGCAUUGUUCACAGCAUUUUCUGAAAAGAUCUUCCAUAUUAUUCUAAACUUAAAAAUGUAGGUGUAAUUUGCUGUUGUAAGAACAAAUCAAAACUUUAUAAAAUUGAGUUAGCGAACUCUCCUUGAAAUUCUUUUCGGUUUUGAUUAAACUUCAGCACUUUUAUUUAAUAACUCAGCCUUUAAUUGUGUAUGCACAAGGACAAACAAAGUUACGUCACUGGAGAUUUGCAAUUUAUGUAUCAAGAAAAUUACGAUUGGCUUUCAUAUUAGGUAUGCUAAUGUCCGGAUAUCAAAAUCAAAAAUUAUUUUUUUAGGGUCAAUGUAUUGGGAAUUGUAAUUAUUAAAUCUUUGUUUUUUCUUUUGCGAUAUACAUAAGUUAAUAAAUGACUACUGCAAAACUAAAAAGGUCUAAACAAAUAAAACCGUUUCUUGGUUGUUAGGGAGUGCCCAUUUGUUUUUAGAAGUUCUCGUUGUACACAUCAAUGUUGAUAUUUAUGCAUUAUAAAUAAUAACGUACAGAACACCAAUUAAUUAUAUGAAAUCAAUUUAAGACUUCAGCUAUGUUAGAUAAUGGAAUGUUAAAUGUUUUUGUUUUUGUAAUAUCUAUUAUAAAUAAAUGAAUGAAGCAAACGUUUACAAUAAAUCGUUAAUAAUAUUAAAAAA